AGAGGACAGUAUCUCUCUGGAGAGAGACGGACAUUGAGAGACAUGUCUGUAUCUGUGUGUCUCUCUUUAUGCUUCUCUAGAUAGUGUCUCUCUGCAUAUUUACACAAUAUAUACCUAUAUUUUUGUCUAUCUACUUGUCUAAUCAUAGAGCUAUAUAUGGGCUAAUACUACCCCUACCUAUCUAUCUUUCUAUUAAUCUACCUGUCUAUCUUUCUAUUAAUCUACCUAUCUAUCUGUCUGUCUAUCUAUCUAUACAUAUAGAUACAUACAUAUAUCUCUUGAUCUGUACAUUUCUCAAUUUUCACGGUAAGCUCAAAUCCCAACUAAACCGAUGGGUAAUGUGACAUUGACCCCAAUCCGACUUCCAAAAUAAUACCAUAAUCAGCUUACGAACUCCACUGUCAACGUCCGACAAUCUAGGACCUCGUGCGAGUGGGUCAAUUCCAGCAGACGACCAAGGAAAUUCAUUUAAACAAUGGAUCACAAUAUUGAUGGGAAAUUGGCUGCAGCUGUGAUGUACAUAAUUGGAUUGCUGAGUUCAACAUGGAUUGUUACCAUGGCAACUGAUAGUGCUGGUUGUAGAGAUGCUGAAAGUUUUUUGAGAUACAGAAAGAUAGAGCCUUCUACCACUCCGUACUCUGAACCUCUUAUCUCGACUGUCAAAGCCACAUUUGGUAUGGGAUGUUUCUGGGGAGUGGAGGCAUCCUUCGGAGCGUUGCCGGGUGUGGUCAGAGUCAAGGCUGGUUACACCGGUGGAAAGCUGGAGGACCCCAAUUACAGAAGAUUGGGAGAUCACACAGAGGCUGUAGAAAUUGAGUUUGAUCCAACAAAAACAAGUUACAGAGAACUCCUGAGAGUAUUCUACCAAGAUCAUGAUGCGACAGAGCUUUACAAGACCCAAUACAUGUCUGCCAUUUUCUAUCAUGAUGAAGUACAGCGCCACCAAGCCGAGGCAUCAUUACAGGCUGAACAGAAGAGGAGAGGAGAAGCGUUGGAGGUUGUGACAAAGAUUUUACCGGCUGGAAAAUUUUACCCUGCAGAAGACUACCAUCAAAAGUACUUUCUUCGCCAGCAGCAUGCACUUGUUGCGAGCCUUGAUCUCAAAGAUGCAGAUUUUCUCUCCUCAUCCCGGACCUCUCGGUUGCUAGGAUACAUGAGUGGACCAGGCACAUUGGAAGCUUUUAAUGCUGAAGUAGAGAAUCUAGCACUAAGUUCAUCUCAGGCUGAUUUUAUGCGUGUGCUCAUCGAGAAUAAAGAUGGCGGAACAUGCCAUUGAUGAUACUGUGUGAAUAAUAUGAGACAUUUUGGGGGGCCGGCACCUUUGAAUAUUUUUACAGAUAUAUGGCACAAUACAAAUGCUGUUCAUCAUCAUUAUCAUUAUUAUAGUCUUCAUCAUUACUUUUCAACAAAGGCAGUAGGUGCUUGUAUUUAGUUUUUAAAUGAAUUGAUUGAAGGUUGAUAAUGUGUUUUUGAAGAUGAAAUUGAAUUCAUGUUGUGAAUAAUGGAAUAUAUUUUUUGUUGAUAAAUUGCUCUCUAUAUUAUUAGUAUUAUCAUUAUGAUAAUUGUCAUUAUUACCACUCAUUGGCUGCCCACUGAUGAAACAAGAGAAUGCAAAGUGUAUGUAGAUUACAUAUCAUAUUGUGAUGUGUGUAUAUUAAUGCCUGUGCAAACUUUGAUACAUGUGUUCAAACUGAUGAAUCGUUGGCAUUAUUUCAAUCUGUAUCUUGCCUCAUGCCAUUCUAAAUAGGUCCAUGUAAGAACAAUCUGUGCCUUAAUCUGAUAGUAUGAUAGUAUAAAAUAAUACACAUCAUUAAAGGCAAAAGUAAGAACUAUACACACAGCACAAGGUUCCCUUGUUUUGACUAAUAUUGAAAUGUAACGAGUGUGUGUAAUUAUUAUAUUGCCCAAGCGAAAUGGUUUGAUGUGGACCCUUGUUAUUUCAGAAACCAUCCUCAUCGUCAAACCAUGACCGGUCUAGUGACUAUGACUCAUGUCUUUCAUUCUGAGGGACGUGGGUUCGAUUCCACCCAUGGCAUGUUUUCUUUCAGCAAGAAAUUUACCCACAUUGUGCUGCACUCAACCCAGAUGAAGUGAAUGGAUACCUGAUAGGAAGAAAUAUGGUGCAUGCUUAAGUGCCUAUAUAGGCAGCGCAGUUAAAGCCGGGUUGUGAACUUCGAUAUAUCCAUAAUAGCAGCACUGUGUAUCCUCAGGCAAAAAGCACUAUGUAACUCCAGCUAUCACAUGUAUUAUUAUUUAAAAAAAAAACAUUCAUUUGCAAAUUUUCCUGUUCGGUAAAUGACUGAUAAUGUAAUAAAUGAAUGGUCUUGUGAUAGUAUAUAGUCAAUCAUAUGAUAAGGAUCCAUAUCACCAUUGUGUAAUAUUUUUAUUUUUCAAACAUUCUUCUAAUCAUACAUUAUUCGUUUUCUUCCCAAAUUUCCCCUUUUUUUACGGACAAUUCCACUCCUACAAAAAAUUGAUUUGAAUAAAAAGAGAAAAAUCCAACAAGCAUAACAGUGAAAAUUUCAUCAAAAUAGGAUGUAAAAUUAGAAACUUAUGACAUCUUAAAUUUUGCUUAAUUUCACAGAACAGAUAUAUGCACAUCCUGGUCGGUAUGUAAAAGAGGAAACUAAUGACGUCCACUCACUAUUUCUUUUGUAUUUUAUUAUAGAAAUAUGAAAUAUUCUAAUUUUCUCCUCAUUGUCAAGUGAAACAACGAUUAAUUUCUCCCUCAACAUGUAGAAUUAGCAAUGUUUAAUACUACAUGUAUAUGGUUCUGUCAAGUUGGUCAUUGUCAAAUAUGUAAAAAAAUGAAAUAUUGUAUAAUUCAAACCAAAAAACCCCAAAAGAAAUAGUGAAGGACAUCAACUGUCUCAUUUGCAUGUUACUGAAUCGUGCAUAUCACUGUUUUGUGGAAAAAUAAGCGAAACUUUUAAAUGUCAUAACUUUCUUAUUUUACAUCUGAUUUUGAUGUAAUUUUCAGCAUCAUGCUAGUUUCAUUUUUCUCUAUUUAUUCAAAUCAACAUUUUUCUGGGGUGGACUUGCCUUUUAAAUUUCACAAGUAUUUAUGUCUAAAAGAUUAUUCAAGACAACAUAAAUGACUAGAAGUACAAUAUUUGCAUUUGUGAAUUUUAUUGCUCAACUUAAUGUUGAGUACAUUUUGUGAAAAUAAGUGUACAAUAGAAAAUAAAAUACAUGAUUGUUUUUGACUGGACAAUAAGUGACGUAACAUAUACAAAAGAUUGAUAAUAAAUCCAAUGUUAUUAUCAAAACAGAUGGUGAAUAUAAAAACAGUACUUUUACAUUUGAUAUAAUCUUGAAUUGAUUAAAAAUAUUUUUCAAAUGUACAUGUGAUAAUAAUUGUACACGAAAUAGUAAUAAAACAGUACAAACAGUUGUAUUGUCUUGGCACGCAAGCCUUAUGUCAAGUUGUUCUUGAACAUUUGUGCAGCUACAACUCUUUUUACAUAACAUGUCAUCACACACAAUACCACAUGGAAAUAGUUAUUUGGUUUUAAAUAAAACACAAAAUGUUAUAUUUUUCAAAAAUA